AUAACAGCUCGAGUUUGGAGGCUGCUCGUACUACAGAGCCACACUGAGGUCUCUGUGGGGAAAGCAGGCGGACUGAGCGAAGUGUUCGCCUUCAGCCCGGGGAGAAAUCACAGCUGUACACUCGGGAAGGAGGACGUCAGGAGCGGAUAACGGCGUCGAAGGGGCUCUGGUUAAUUCCUUCAGGUGGCUUUAGUAUUUGAACACACUGGCUUGAAUCAGAGUCUUUGGCACUGCUUUCCUCUCCUCUCGUGCUCGUAAAACCUAAACCCCUGAGAAAGCAACGCGGGUACCUGCACAGAGAAGCGCUUCCAUAAGUGCUGUAUUGGUCAUUUCUGCUGGAUUAUCUCCCCAAACAAACGCGCGCAAAUGCGCAAGUGCCAAAACCGACACCAGAGUCAAGAGCAAGGGAUUACAAUUGUGUUCUAAGCUCGCAGCGUCUGCAUGCGCGUCUUCUUCUCUGAGCCGGGAGCAAAGUACUGAUAGGCUAAAUCUACUCUACCUGGACUUUGGAGCUCCUUCUUCUUCCUCUUCCCCGAGCUGCACUUGACAGGAGGAGCAGCGGCGAUAAAAAAAAAUCUGUAGAGACCACAUUUCAGCAGCUGAGGAGGGGAACUGAGAUCCGGCGAAAAUGCCUCUUGCACAGAUAUCGGAGCCAUGGCCCACGAUGGAACUAGUGCAGCUCGAGACAGAGAAUGGGCAGAGCACUGCUGAGGAUGGAGUCACGCCUGCUGUCAAGGACGAUGGCGAAAUCAAGGAGAUCAACAUCACCCAUGUGGUCAAGGAGGGCUCAGAGAAGGCUGAUGCCUCUCAGUUUGAACUGCUCAAAGUUUUGGGACAGGGAUCAUUUGGCAAGGUAUUCCUGGUGCGAAAGGUGACCGAACCUGAUGCCAACCAGCUCUACGCCAUGAAGGUGCUCAAGAAGGCGACACUCAAAGUGAGAGACCGUGUGAGAACUAAGAUGGAGAGAGACAUCCUGGCAGACGUCAACCACCCAUUUGUUGUCAAAUUGCACUAUGCAUUCCAGACUGAAGGCAAGUUGUACUUGAUCUUGGACUUUCUCAGAGGAGGAGAUCUUUUCACAAGACUCUCCAAAGAGGUAAUGUUCACAGAGGAGGAUGUGAAGUUUUAUCUUGCAGAGCUGGCAUUGGGAUUGGACCACCUCCACAGCCUGGGCAUCAUCUACAGGGACCUCAAACCUGAAAACAUUCUGCUGGAUGAGGAGGGUCAUAUCAAACUUACAGAUUUUGGCUUAUGUAAGGAGGCCAUCGAUCAUGAGAAGAAAGCGUAUUCCUUCUGUGGCACUGUGGAGUACAUGGCUCCAGAGGUGGUGAACAGGCAGGGGCACACCCACAGCGCUGACUGGUGGUCAUUUGGAGUACUAAUGUUUGAGAUGUUGACCGGGUCACUGCCGUUUCAAGGGAAGGACCGCAAAGAAACUAUGAGCCUGAUUCUAAAGGCACGUCUAGGAAUGCCUCAGUUCCUAAGUGCAGAGGCCCAGUCCUUGCUCAGGGCUCUCUUCAAGAGAAACCCUUCCAACAGACUGGGAUCUGGAGCCGAUGGUGCAGAGGAGAUCAAACGGCAUGGUUUCUUCUCCACAAUAGAUUGGAAUAAACUCUUCAGAAGAGAACUAAAGCCUCCAUUCAGACCGGCAGUGGCUCGUCCUGACGACACCUUCUACUUUGACUCUGAGUUCACCUCCCGCACUCCCAAAGACUCCCCUGGUAUUCCCCCCAGUGCCGGAGCUCACCAGCUUUUCAGAGGUUUCAGCUUUAUUGCAUCAACUCUGUUGGAUGAGGAAGGUUUCGCAGAGCCAGUCCAGCCCCCGCCACACCCAGUGGUCCAGCAAUUACACGGGAAGAACCUGCUGUUCAGCGAUGGCUACGUACUGAAGGAGGACAUCGGCAUGGGCUCCUUCUCCGUCUGUAAACGAUGCAUCCAUAAAACCACCAACACAGAAUACGCCGUCAAGAUGAUUGACAAGACCAGUACAGACCCCUCUGAGGAGAUUGAGAUCCUGCUUCGAUAUGGACAGCACCCGAACAUCAUCACCCUGAAGGAUGUGUAUGACAACGGUAAGCAGGUGUUCCUGGUGACGGAGCUGAUGCGUGGAGGAGAGUUGUUGGAUCGGAUCCUCAAGCAGAAGUUUUUCUCGGAGAGAGAGGCCAGCGCCGUACUUCACACCAUCACCAAGACAGCGGAGUACCUGCACUCACAGGGGGUGGUGCACAGAGACCUGAAACCAAGUAACAUCCUCUACGUUGAUGAGUCGGGUAAUCCAGAGUCCAUCAGGAUCUGUGACUUUGGCUUUGCUAAACAACUGCGAGCCAACAACGGCCUGCUGAUGACCCCGUGCUACACCGCUAACUUUGUAGCCCCUGAGGUGUUGAAGCGUCAGGGCUAUGAUGAAGGAUGUGACAUCUGGAGUCUGGGAGUCCUGCUGUACACCAUGCUGGCUGGGGUUACUCCAUUUGCUAAUGGUCCCGAGGACACCCCUAAUGAGAUCCUGAACAGGAUAGGCAAUGGUCACUUCAGUCUGACUGGAGGAAACUGGGACACUGUGUCUGAUAGUGCAAAGGAUCUUGUGUCCAAGAUGCUUCAUGUGGACCCUCUUCAAAGACUGACAGCCAAGCAGGUCCUCAAACAUCCCUGGAUCGUCCAGAGAGACAAACUUCCCAACAGCCAGCUCCCACACCACGACCCUAAACUGGUCAAGGGUGCGAUGGCGGCCACCUACUCUGCCCUGAAAAACUCCCAACCGACUCCAGAACUCAAGCCCAUUGAGAGCUCCUUCCUGGCCCAGAGGCGGGUCAAGAAGCUACCCUCCACCUCCCUGUAGAGACUCUUAUAAAGAACAGCCAAUCAGCUCACUGGAGACUGACCAAAACUACACCUCCUGGCUCCAACCACCCAGUCAGCUUGCAUUGGGGACUCCGAGUCCACACGCCUCUACCAGCCAAGGAACACUGACUGUGGUCCUGCCCCCAUCUUGUGACAUCACUCGUCCUGCUCUUGCUACUGUAUCAUUCUCCUCCUUUGGGCUGCUCUUAGCCAAUCUUUGGACAAGCAAAAAAAUCAUGAAAAUAGAUGGGGGCAAUUAGGGCAGAAUAAAAACAGUGCAGGUUUGGGCAGAUGUGUAAGUGUUGUGUGUAUGAUUAUGUGUGUGUGAGCGCGUUUGUGCAUGACCUGCCUCAGAGUCAAUGCAGCCAUGUUUUGGAUUGUGACGAUGACAGUUUUCUCUCCUCAUCACUGCUGUAAUUGGUUGUCAUUCGGCUUGCUGCACGCCUGUCUGUCUGCCUGUUUUGUUGUAUUUUGUCUUCUUUUUGUAAAGUUGAUGAGCUUUAUAUUACCGGUUGUGCUGCCAAAUCAAACUGUGCCGACAGCACGUAACCAGAGUACUGUCCAACUGCUGUUCAAUGUUUUUGGAAGAGCAAAGUUAAUAUGAAUAUGACACAUUUCUGCCACAAAUGCCUCUUUUGGCUUGGUACAGCCAGGAUAUGUGAAUUCUGGGAAAUGUCAAUGCUGAUGUUUUGUUAAUGUCAAUCAAUGCUUGUAUUUGUUUUACAGAGAGAGUGUAUGUGUGGUGUGUGUUAGUUGCAUGACUUGCCGAGUGUGGGGUGUCUUGCUGGACUCUGCAGGGUCAUGUGCAUGGUCCGGUGAUGUGAUGAUGUCAUGUGGCUUCCUCGUUUCUCUCCCUCUUCUCUGCUUGGUCAACUUGCUGGCAACCAUUUGAGAUGUCUCUUAUUUUCAUUACCACAAAAACUAGUAACAUAGGUGGCUUUCUGUGAAAGAAAACUUGCCCAAAGGAACAAUGUGGCAUGUUAAAAAAAAUCUAUAUUUGCUUUGUUUUCUUGUUUUUCCACUGUGUUUCUUUGAUAAUGCAUAUUGAAUGCUGUUUCCUGUGUUGGCUGCUUUUGUUGUUGACUGUUUUUUUUUUUCAUUUUGUCCAAAGAAAGUGGUGAUUAAAAGUAGUAAAAGAUACGCUGAGCACAUCACAAUCUGUGAACUCAGUGCCCCACAGGUCUCUCCUUCUGCUUUGAAAUAUAAAAGGGCAGAAAGGCUGAUAUUUUCUGUAUUUAAGCACUCCAGAACAGCCUCCCGAACCCUUCAAGAAACAUGUCAAAUCAUAGAGAUAUGCCUUCACCAUGAGCUAACAGUCUUUAAUUAACCCUUUUAUUCAUGUUUGAAUUUCUGUUGACUGGCUUCAUAGGGUAGGCCCUGUUUUCAGCUCGGUGCCUGGGCCUAAAGGUGAGGCAGAAUGUCCUUUACGGAUGACACAUGAGAAAAAAAACAGUCUGUAUACGUGUCGAAGGGAAGACCUGUGUGGCCAAAGAAUCAAUGAACCAGCUGUCUUACCUCAAAAGGGAUCAAAGUGAUAUUAUAAUUCUUGUUCGGUGGCAAAACUCCCUCCUUUGACUAAAUUUAUGGUGAGAUGUUAUUGUAUCAUAAAGAUGAAGAUUUUUAUAUCUUACAAAUAUUAAAAAUUCAGUUGCUAUGACAAA